CACAUAAGUGUAUGUACACACACACGCAUAUAUAUAAUGUAAGUAUGUGUGUACACAGGUAGUAGGUGCAUGCAAUUUCAGAGAUGUUCUGUGCACCUGGAGCUGGCAGACUCGAAGGCUGCCGGCAGCUGGACCCGACCGCAGCCCCUGCCCGGUGGAGCCAGGUAAGCCGUUGCCGGCGGCAGGGAUGGGAGAUAGCCCGGUCCUCAAUGAAUUACGGUGCAGUAGCACGAUGACUUCAUGUAGUUUCACAAUCGCCGCACUGUCCAAAGCAGUGUUUCGCCGCGCACACACCCCCGUGUUCUCAUGUCGGAUUUUCCCUUGUCCAUGAAUAAUCUCGAAGCCCCCUCAAUAAAUACACGUUCAAGGAUGUCCGGAGCUCAUUCAACCCGCCAGCCCCGCCGACGAGAAAGGGCCGGUGCCGGAGCCUAGGAGCCGCACCAUGAGGUUUCCCCAGGGCUGUGCCUGUGACCAUGAUCGUAACCGCGCCGCCCGCCGCCGCCAGACCUUCCUCCGCGCCGUCCUGCAGCUGCUGCUGCUCCUAUUGCUGCCGCGGGCAGCCGCCGCGCCGCUGCCUGCAGCCGACUCCUCGGGGGAGGCAGAGCUGGAGGAGGCGGCGGGGCGGCGGGCUGCGCUGCCCGACUGCGAGCGGCUGGCGCGGCUGCUGCACGCCCGGGCCGCACAGCUACAGGAGGAGAUGUGCGAGAAGUUUACCGUCUGCGAGAAUAGCAUGGAAAUGCUCAUCCAGAACAAUCUCAACCUCCCCAAGGUGACAGAGGAGGACGGGUGUCUGCUCACCGGCUUCAAUGAGGAUAAAUGCCUGAGGAAAAUCUCCAGUGGGCUUUAUACAUUUCAGACAUAUCUUCAAUUCAUACAAGAAACUUUUACUAGUGAAAAGCAGAACAUAGAAUCACUGUGCUAUGCUACAGAGCACCUGGCACAUACCAUAAAACAGAUGGUGAUCAAUCCCGAAGAAAUUAUUAUCCCGGACUCAGCUACCCAGGAAUCCCUCCAGGCAAAGCUGAAGUCUGAUAAGACUUGGAUAGAGAAAAUCACCACCCACCUCAUCCUCCGAGACUUUACUUCAUUUAUGGAGAAAACAGUGAGGGCUGUUCGCUAUUUGAAAAACACCAGGAGUUUCAGUGUCUGAAUGUUUUAAUUCAGGCACAAUCCUUUGUUAUAAAUCUGUCAUGUGGCAGAUGACAGUGUUGUUCUGUUUUAGGAACUAGAAAGAGUAACAAUAGUUUGCAUUUAGAUAUGUUCUCAUUUCCUUCUAGGAACCUAUUUAUUGUAUUUAAAAUAUUUAUUACUUUCUAACGUUUUCUAUUUAUAUUUUCAAUACUUAGUAAUAAUUUAAACAAAGGCUGUAUUUUAUUUCACUGCUAAUGGUACUAUUCAGAAUAUCAACUUAUUAAAUAUGUAUUCAACAAAAAAUAUUUUCAGAAGCCAGAAAAAUUGUUUUAUAACUUAUACUUCUUAAAUAUUUGAGAAAUGGUAUUUAUGACUUAUUUAUAUUUUUUAAUAAAGAAAAACAAUUUGUAAAAACAAACCAUAUAAUCUGUUUGAACUUUAAAUAAUACUAAGGAACUGUAACAUACCCAUUUUUUUAUACCUGCAAUUACCAAAAUAACCACUUUCAAGAAUUUUAUCUAUAUAAUUAGUUCAGUUAUCUACAUAGCACAUACACAGAUAGACAGCUUGAUCAAGAUACAGUUCUUAAACUGGGAUAUAAUGGAACCAGACACACUGAACAUAGCACUUAAGAAUGAACACAAUAAAGCACCACUGCUCUCAAGAAACAAAUGAACAAUGAGUCCCCUAUAUUUAACAAGGAACACACCAUAAAAUAGUAACUGUAAGCACCUGCUUACAUGUCAAGCAAUCUCUUUUAAACAAAUAAAAUGGUAAGAUACCAAACUAACAGCUUUGACAAGAACGCUAUGACCUGAUUAGAUUUAUUGUUGUCAUCCAAGGGAAUUUUCCAAAUUUGACUAAACAUUUCUUUUCCCUCCCCAAAGAAGCAGAAAAACAAAAAUCUUAGGUUCUUUCCUUAGGUGAUAUAACUCAAUGUA